UCUGGCGUUCACCCGCGCCGUGAUAAGACGCGACGAUGCGCGGCGACCGCGCCGCUCGUGAUACGCGCCAUAACAAGGAUCACGAAAACUUAAAGUCUUCACUCAAAAAAGGAAAUAAACCCAAAAAAAACAGGGUUGUUUUUGAUGAGAGUGCAAACGAAUUUUUUGAAGCUGAUUAUAUUAUUGUAGUACGAGACGAGUGCGGAUAUUCUGAUGAGGAUGAAAACGAAGAUUGCUCGGGAUGCGGUGCAUGCGAGCGAUAUCAGGAGCAGGAACCAGGGGCCCUCAGCCCGCCCGAGGGCUACAAAGACAUGGGGCUGUUCAACCGUGAUGGGACGCUGCGGGAGCAGGCGUGGUGGGAGGCCGGCGACGUACUGCUGGUCGGCGAGCGCUCGGGCACGGUGUUCACGCCACAGCACCUGCAGCUGCUGCGUCGGCUGCAGCGAGAACGAAUGUUGCGGUCUGCGAUCUGUGCUGACUGCGACGCGCACGCAGCUCUACACCAGCCACUUGAUAUCGACUACAACUAUGAAGAAGAAGAUACAAGUGACGUUGAUAAGGAACUGCGUCCUUUAGUUCGCCGUACUGCCAAGCAUAUUGCCGCCGGAGAGGAGAGGCCUAGGAUCAAUUCCAGUCAGCAGACUACACCCAUCGACGAAUGCCCCCCUGAGACAUGCGUUGAAGAAACCCAAACAGAUCCACCGGCACCUCUUACAAGCGAAGAAAGUGAUGCCCCCGAUAGUGAGGGUAAACUGUCAACCGAAAGCUCACCGUUACGUCGCCGUCGAGGAGGCAUUCUCAAGGGGGGACGGCUGUGGAAAUCCCUUGACGCUGAUAAGGACUUCAACGAACAAAACGACGAUCAGAGAUCAACAACAACAACUGCCAGCGAUGAAGACGGCUCCGUCACACCCAGAUCUGUGCGUUUCGUGGAAAGACCUCAGGAGUCUAAUGAGGAAGAGCCGAUUUCACAGGUCGAACCAGAGUCAGCACAAGAUUCAGAUGACGAAACACCCAUUCAGAAAGACACGGCCGCGAAUCCUACGCAUAGAUUGGAAACACCAUUGAUCCUUACAAUUCAAACACCGAAGACAAACUCAGCGGUGCAGCAAUUGUUCAACAGUAAUAGGCCGCCGCCGCCCGCCAUUGAACCACAGCUCAUCACUUCUGAAACCUUGAGGGCUUGGGACGCUGGUGUGCGACCAAAAGCAGAAGAUGUGGCUGUACGACGCGUUGCAGAAAGAAACGCUCUCCGUUGCUCAUUACUGCGCAGCGAGGCAAGGAAGAAACAACAAGCAAAGCAAGAAACGACGUCGCUGGCCGAACGUAUACGUCUUCUCACUUGUGACGUAGAGGACGAGUCGACCGAAGACCGCGCAUCUCCGGCCGCCGUCAGUGUUGACAAAUUGUCCAGCAGCAGCGACAAGUCGAGCGACAAAUCAUUCACCAUGGAUAAGAACAGCGAGAAGGCAUUCGGGAGCGCUUCAUCCAGCUCGUCGUCUUCUACCUUGUCAGCGCCAGUGCUCGUACGACAGCACCCACCGGAUCUGGGUGACGUUCAUCAAGAACAACCGAAGCCAAGGCCGGAGCCUCGACGACAGUUCCUGUCUACACUAGCGCCGCUUACAGCGUGUGUCGGAAGCGCUGCUCACCACGAGGGCUUCUACUACGUGGCACCAGGAGACAGAACCUCGGCCUCAGUACCAACUAACAUCGAUUACAAAGAUCAUAAUGAUGCACCAGCACCGGAUGUAGUUGCAGGAACUCCUGGCGCCAACGAUGGCGAUGAUGGUUUGGCUGCAUUCGCCAGAGCAAGCGCUCCGAGAACUGAGCGCAUUCGGCAACGAUAUGGUCAGGAUUCACAUCCUGUCAGCAGUGAUGAUGAACAUGAUGAUUACGGAUUCCACCGUCGACCUGCGGUCCGAGGCAUCGCCGUGAAGCAACAGCUGGGAACAUCGAAUGACAUGCUGCAGCAGAUGCAGAAUGAGCUGCAACCAACAUCAAGUACAGCUGCCACCCACCACCAACCCCACGCGUGUCAACGCACCAAUUCUACAUACUCUUGGCCGUAUUACUCUGAAGCCAAUCUUAAUUCUAGGCCGCAAAGCCGAACGAGCACUAAUACUAAUUGGAUGAAGCCUACAGAUUACGUGUCUUCGCGUCAGUGCAGCAACGCCGCAAUGCCUCAGCAACAGCAUUCGGAGAUGUGCCAUGCUCACACUCAAAACAUGGUACCGCCCUAUCCGCAGUACCAACAGCGACAACCAGAAACCAUGUUCAGAAACUGUUCUCUCUACGCCAAUAUCGGGUGUUCCGACAGCAGUCAGGAGCUGUAUAGCUCGCAAACGAGCUCCGAGCAGACGUCGCCGGUGCGGGCGGCGUCACGCUGCCGACGGCCAGAGUCUCCGCCGCCUAUACGCAGCCACCACCAGCUACUCUAUGUGCCCUACAGCAGCCACCAACACUACCAGCCUGAAUACCCAACACAUUGGCCGCCUAACGACUAUAACAGACAAGUACAAUCGUACUACCAGCAACAAGCUCGCAGUGGCGCUAGUACGCCGCAGCCUAAUGUCGCCCUCCAGCAACGGGCACAUUACAGCCACGCUUUACAAUUGCAGAACUUAUGCCCGGCCCCGGCAAGAUACAGGCCCGUACCCGCUCCACAACCCGGCGGUGGAAAACAAAUGAUUUGUUAUUCGGAAAAGGUGGCGCCACCGCUGUAUCAGCCAGCUCCCGGAUCGCCGUCACGAGUGCCCCGAGCGGCGCCAGAGGGCGCUGCAUCUUCCUCGCAAGCGCCCUCUGCUACGUCACCAUUGGCUCAACCACCGAACCCCGUGUACUACGCUAUGAACGUCUAAA